AUGGCUCCCCAGUUGGACGGCUUCUUCAAGCAGGUCGACGACCUGUCGAGCCACUUUAUCAAGCGGCUGAGCCAGGCCGUAGCAAUCCCGUCGAUCUCGUCGGAUGCCGCGCGGCGGCCGGACGUGGUGCGCAUGGCGCACUUUCUGGAGAAGGAGCUGACGUCGCUGGGAGCCGAGGUCGAGCUGCGGGCACUGGGCAAGCAGCCCGACCAGCCGACGCUGGACCUGCCGCCAGUUGUGCUGGCGCGCUACGGCCGCGACGCGAGCAAGCGCACGAUCCUAGUGUACGGACACUACGACGUGCAGCCGGCCGAGAAGUCGGACGGCUGGAACACGGAGCCGUUCACGCUCGUGGUGGACGAGCAGGACCGGAUGCUGGGCCGCGGAUCGACCGACGACAAGGGCCCGGUGCUGGGCUGGCUCAACGCGAUCGAGGCGCACCAAAAGGCCGGCGUGGACUUCCCGGUCAACCUGCUGAUGUGCUUCGAGGGCAUGGAGGAGUACGGGUCCGAGGGCCUGGACGAUCUGAUUCGGGCCGAGGCCAAGAAGUUCUUUGCCGACACGGACGCUGUCUGCAUCUCGGACAACUACUGGCUGGGCACGGAGAAGCCGUGCCUGACGUACGGGCUGCGCGGCUGCAACUACUACUCGGUCGAGAUCGCGGGGCCGGGCCAGGACCUGCACAGCGGCGUGUUUGGCGGCACGGCCCAGGAGCCCAUGACGGACCUUGUCCGCGUCCUCGGCACGCUCGUCGACACGGACGGCAAGAUCCAGAUUCCCGGCAUCGCCGAGCAGGUGGCGCCGGUGACGACCGGCGAGGAGUCGCUCUACGACGGCAUUGCCUUCACCAUGGACACGCUCCACGAGGCGCUCGGUAGCAAGACGACCAUCUUUGAGGACAAGAAGUCGACGCUGAUGGCGCGCUGGCGCUACCCGUCGCUGUCGGUGCACGGCAUCGAAGGUGCCUUCUCGGCGCCCGGCGCCAAGACGGUCAUCCCGGCCAAGGUCAUCGGCAAGUUCUCCAUCCGCACGGUGCCCGACAUGGAGAUCGACAAGACCAACGAGUUCGUGUACAAGUACGUCAAGGAGCAGUUUGCCAAGCUGGGCAGCAAGAACACGCUCAAGGUGUACGCCCAGCACACCGGCAACUGGUGGGUGGCUAGCCCGAAGCACUGGAACUUUGAGGCCGCUGCCAAGGCUGUGGAGCGCGUCUGGGGUGUCGCACCCGACUUUACGCGCGAGGGCGGAAGCAUCCCGGUCACGCUCACGUUUGAGCAGGCAACUGGCAAGAACGUGCUGUUGCUGCCGAUGGGCAGCGCCACGGACGGCGCCCACUCGAUCAACGAGAAGCUGGACAAGAAGAACUACAUUGAGGGCAUCAAGCUGCUGGGAGCGUAUCUCCACUACGUUGCCGUGGAGCCGCAGUUGUAA